UCUAGACAGAAGUAUUCGUAAAAACAGUAAGACAAAGCCGGCCGAUCGAAGAACCCUGUCAUCAUACUAUACUUACACGCAACAUGUUGGGGGUCCCGGUUGAUCGGCUCUACCAGCAGUGCGCUGGUGGUGACUGAGCUCUUUUGUCCCAGUAGCCUACAGGUUAUGAGACCGUUUAGUGUGAGCCCCGCUGUGGUCAACAUGCAUGGGUUUGAUUCCAGGAUGAACUUAAGAAUAUAAAUCCCAAAACAAAUACCCCGGACAUUUAACAGUGCCAAGAGACAUCCUAGGAGUGUGCCCUAGGAGUGAGCCCUUGAAAGAAUGAGCCCUAGGACUGAGUCCACUGAGAGGAGCCACUGAGAGGAGUACUGUACUCUGUGGUAGCUGGUCCGAAGGGGGGUGUUGGGGGUCCCGGGUUGAUCGGCCCUUCUACCAGCAGUGCGCUGGUGGUGACUGAGCUCUUUUGCCCCAGUAGCCUACACAACAGUCGUCCCCAUUAUUAUUAAAUGCAGCGUGGGGAACUUAAUAAGUGCUUUGCUUGCUGAAUGCGGAGAAUCCUUGGCCGCCGAGCUGCUUGGCUGCGACGAUGGAGAAAACGUCACACUUGAUUAUAUCACCACAAAUCGACGCACCCCCACAUACCACGCACUGCACACCGCAUGCUCUCAUUCUCUACCCCUCUGUCACGACCAAGUAUUUCUACUAUCUUGAUAUUACCCAGUUCUCGUUCGCUCGCUUCUAGGGGUGAUGAUAACCUGCGCUCGUUUGCCGAUUUCAUCAUUCUUUGGAACCAUUUUUGGACCUGAUAACUCUGACCACCUCACCUUGCGCUCCGUUCAAUCUACCGGUGGAAUUCCUGACCCCGCACUUUCAAAAUGGAGGUGCGCGAACUAGAGGGGAAAGAAAAACUCGACGAGGUAGCGCGGUUGGUGAAAUCGCUUGCUAAAGAUGUAACAACGAACCAUCUUCAGCCUUCUCAACGCAUGGAGAUCCUCCAGAACCUACGAGUCCAUGGACGGAAGCCGGAAAACGCAGACGGAAUAUAUUCGAAAGAGGGGAUAAAGGUACUGGCUUAUUAUGGCUGCGAGGGCAAAUCCUCCACGGUAUCGCGUGAGGCUCUCCGUUGUCUCGCAAACGCCCUCCUUCUCAAACCAAGCAUGCGCCAGAUAUUCGUGGACUUGGGACACGGACCUAACCUCGCUGAGAAGCUCAAGGAAGAUAAUUCUGACGAUGAAUUUCUUGCGUCGCGUUUGCUGUUCCUAGCCACUUACGACACCGAUUUAGAUUUCGAUAAAUUGUUUGAUCAUAACUCCCUGGGGGAAAAUCUCAAUAGUCACAUAUAUCGACAUUCGAAACGAUUUUCCAAGGGCAGAAAGAGGAAGCUCGAUCAGAUGGACGAGCUUGCACUCUCAGAAACAUUAAAACUCAUAUUCAACAUCACCAAUUUCUACCCUCACAGAAUUGACGCAUUCUCCCCUUCAAUCCCGCAUAUCCUGAAAAUUUUAAGCCGCAUUGAAAUACCGACCCCACCACUCCAGGCACCUGUCAACUAUCUCAUCAAUUCUCUUCUCAAUCUCGACCUGGAAGCAAAGAAAAGCAAACACUUCGGGACAAAUCCGCUCUUUCCCAAGUUCGACCAGAACUGCAACGUGGACAAGUUGAUAAAUAUCCUAGAUCAAGCUGUCGCUAUGCACAAACCCGAACACCUCGAAACCCUAGCCGUGCCUCUUCUCACACUCCUACGGAAAAUCUACUCAUUCGCACCCGAAGGCCCACGAAAGUAUAUGGAGUGGCUCCUUCUCCCUGAAGACGACCACCAUGACCUGCCAAUAGGCCAAUCCAAUACCCUCUCCUCCCGACUCUUGCGUCUAUCAACUUCCCCCGUUGCUCCGAGUCUGCGCGAAGGCAUAUCUGUUCUCAUGUUCGAGCUUUCCGGCAGCGACGCGACUGAUUUCGUGAGGAAUGUCGGAUAUGGGUUUGCUGCAGGCUUCCUCAUGUCGCAUGACAUGCCGGUUCCGGAAACGGCCAAGGAGGCAUUCAGUACCAGUUCUUGUGGCCUUGACCCGAAUGUGAAUCCCAUUACUGGGCAGAGGUGGGAUGCAGAGCCCCAGGCGACAGGUCCAGAUAUGACACAGGAGGAAAAGGAGCGCGAAGCUGAGAGGUUAUUUGUUCUAUUCGAAAGGCUAAAAGCUACUGGUGUGGUGGACGUGGAGAACCCUGUUCGCCAGGCUCUUGAAAAAGGGCGAUUUGAAGAAUUGGACUGAACUUCUGUUUAGUUUACUAAAUAAAUAUCCCUAUCUAGCGUUUUUGAAAUACUCACCCGCUCGCUGUCUUCGCUUGCAAUACUAGUGAACUGUCCUUUCUGUCCCGCUGUGUUGGGUUACGGCGCACAAUUACCCGAAUGCGUAUGAUUGAUUAAUAGUGAUAGUUGUUUUUCUAGCUGGAUUUCUUUUUUUUUUUUCUAGUCAUUGAGCCCAGGUUUUUCUACUUAUUACCAAUAAUAAUAGCUUUCUGCCUGCCUCUAAUAUGUAGUUCGUAAAAUACAAUGGAAAUAGUACUUCCACAUUCCCUAUUUUGUCUGGAUUUGUUUGCGGUAGAGUAUCCUGUUAUAAAUAACCAGUUAAUAGUUGAUAGUAACUAUCAUUAUCUGAUUAAGUAGUAUAGCUUGCAUUAAAUUCACUACCACCUUUGAUUUAUGAAGUGAA